CCUGUCGGGGGAAAAGGGGUAGACACCGCGCGGGCCGCGCAGGCGCACCGUGACGGCUGCAAUGGCGCUACCGAGCCCUCUGAACAGGUAUCUGCUGCUCAUGGCGCAAGAGCACCUGGAGUUCCGCUUGCCGGAAAUAAAGUCUUUGCUUUCACUUUUUGGAGGUCAGUUCAUCAAUAGUCAGGAAACUUAUGGAAAGUCUCCUUUUUGGAUUCUUAGUAUUCCCUCUGAAGAUAUUGCAAGAAACUUAAUGAAACGGACUGUGUGUGCCAAGUCCAUAUUUGAACUAUGGGGUCAUGGAAAAUCUCCAGAAGAGCUGUAUAGUUCUCUUAAAAAAUACCCUGUGGAGAAGAUGGUUCCAUUUCUACAUUCAGAUUCUACAUAUAAAAUAAAGAUUCACACAUUUAAUAAAACAUUGACACAAGAAGAAAAAGUGAAACGAAUAGAUGCUCUUGAGUUUCUGCCAUUUGAAGGAAAAGUAAAUUUGAAGAAGCCACAGCAUGUAUUCUCUGUUUUGGAGGAUUAUGGUUUGGACCCAAACUGUAUCCCUGAGAAUCCACAUAAUAUUUAUUUUGGUAGAUGGAUUGCAGAUGGACAGAGAGAGCUUAUUGAGUCAUACAGUGUCAAAAAAAGACACUUUAUUGGAAAUACCAGCAUGGAUGCUGGUUUAUCAUUCAUCAUGGCCAACCAUGGAAAAGUGAAAGAAAAUGAUGUUGUCUUUGAUCCAUUUGUUGGAACAGGUGGCCUUCUGGUAGCAUCUGCUCAUUUUGGUGCAUAUGUAUAUGGGACUGACAUAGACUACAACACAGUUCAUGGCUUGGGAAAAGCUAGUAGGAAAAACCAGAAAUGGAGAGGACCGGAUGAAAACAUUAGGGCAAAUCUUCGUCAGUAUGGUUUAGAGAAGUAUUACCUUGAUGUCUUGGUUUCAGAUGCAUCUAAACCUUCCUGGAGGAAGGGCACGUAUUUUGAUGCAAUCAUCACUGAUCCUCCAUAUGGUAUCAGAGAAUCUACAAGAAGAACAGGUUCACAGAAGGAAAUACCAAAGGGGAUAGAAAAAUGUCCAGAAAGCCACGUUCCUGUUUCCUUGAGUUAUCAUCUGAGUGAUAUGUUUUUUGACCUGUUAAAUUUUGCAGCUGAGACCCUCGUAUUAGGUGGAAGACUAGUCUAUUGGUUACCAGUGUACACACCAGAAUACACUGACGAGAUGGUACCCUGGCACCCUUGCCUGAAACUCAUUAGCAACUGUGAGCAGAAGCUUUCCAGUCACACAUCAAGGCGCUUGAUAACGAUGGAAAAGGUGAAGAAAUUUGAGAAUCGGGACCAGUAUUCACAUCUGCUAAGUGAUCAGUCUCUGCCAUACCAAGGUCACAAUUCCUUCCGUGAGAAAUAUUUCAGUGGAGUAACAAAAAGAAUUGCAAAGGAAGAAAAACCUAGCCAAGAGUGAAAAUUAAGGUUUUUGACAAUGGAGAAAGAAUAAGGAUUUGAUAAAAAGAAAAAAAAAAAAAGAAAAAAGACAUCUGGAUGUGAACUUUGAUGUACGAUACAGAAAACAUGUACUGUUUUAAAUAAUUUUAUGUAACAAAUGUUACAAAGUAAAUUGAACAAUUCUUUUAAAAUUUAGCUUUGUUUUAUAGACUACUUUGUUAUAUGUGGUUUUUGACCUUAUUUAAUUUAUAUUUGUACUUUCAAGUAUUAUGGAAAUUGAAAACAGUGAUAUUUUUGGUAAUUAACUUACAAAGGGAACUAAUAUUCUUGAAUCUUUAAACAGAUAUCUGCUGGAUAUAUUAUAGGCAGUUAAUAGUGAAUUUAUUCAUUAGGUAGAUUUGUUUAAUUUGAUUUUUCAUCAUAAUUGAUUUACAUUGUAACUAAUAAAGCUUAUUGAGGAUUCUUAAAA